AUGCCGCCUCAGAGCAGAGGGGGUUCGCCUGCUCUAGGCCCACGGCCCUACUCGAAAUCGGACGCGCUUCCACCCACGCUGCGGCCCUACCUAGAAAACCUGCCCUCCCCAACCGCAUUGAUCCCCAGUGAUCAACGUACUCCUACAGGUCCUCGCAUGAUUGUCCCGGACCGCGACAUCUCCACGCCGACACCAAGCCCUCAAAGAUCUCGAGCCGCAACCGCGUUUGAACUGGGUGCCGAAGCUCAGGAAAUAAGCGAAGAUGGGUACAUUCAUGCGCUUCCUCCGUCCGGAAGAGCUUCACCAUUGGAGGAGAGCGGACUCGAACAGGAAGGUGUCGACCUUGACAUGGCGGGUGUGACUUUAGACGACGAUGAUUUCGAGUCGCACUACUCUCGUCAGGAGUCUUCGGCAUCCGAUGAUGAAGGAGACGAAGUUGAGGCCGACGGGGAAAUCGUCGCUAAGGAGAACGAGAAUUACGACGACGAAGAACAACAAGAUCAAGAUGGUGCUGCAGAUCCAGGGGAGCAUCGGCCGCCGGCCUCAGAAAGACCGGACUCGUUGUCUCGUGUGCGGUCGUUGCCAGCUCGACCCACGCUCUCACAGACAUCAGUGCAUUUUCCAGCACAGCAUCCGAGAGAGGGUCUGCACACGUCGCAGUCAACCACAGCUCUCCCUCCUCCGCCCCCUCCUCCGCUCUAUCCUCCAUUCUACAAUCGACCCCCGACUCCCCUGCCACCGUCUCCCAGCCUAACUUCUCUACUCCGGCCUCCAUCUUUGCUGAAUCGCUCAACUGCUUCAACUCGGCCUACCACACCCGACAGCUCCGACGCGGAAACCCCCAACGACACUGAAGCAGCUGUCGCACAUUCCGCUCGACGCGCACACCCGGUCCCGCCGACAUCACCCAAAGUCCCUACGUACGAAUACUACGGCUUUGUGUUGUACUUGGCUUCAACACUCGCCUUUCUGAUCUACAUCCUAUGGUCAUAUCUUCCAUCUCCUUUCCUUCACGCUCUAGGGAUUACUUACUACCCGAACAGAUGGUGGUCUCUCGCCAUACCUGCCUGGAUUGUCAUGCUUCUUAUUUUCAUCUAUGUUGCUCUCUUGAGCUACAACGUCGAAUAUCUUACUCUUCCGCUGACAAGUCUGGAAUGCAUGGUUGAUGACGCUGCAAACGUGGCUAUACUUGAUGGGUCGGGACGAAUUAGGAAGGGGGGAAGUAAAAGACUGGUAAAGGAGCUAGAAGAGCGAGUCAGGCUUGAGCGGGACAUGGAGACUGCGAGAACCAAGAGCGGGAAAGGGAGAAAGUCCUCCAGAGCUGGAGUCGAAGCAUCCCAUCGAUCAAAGGACAAAGGAAAGCGAAAACCCUCUCGAGCAAGUAUCGAGCUUCCCCCGCCAUCAGAAAUUCGAGCCUGGGACUACCAGUCUACUGCAUCUGCUCAUUCCGCAAAGUUCUCUCUCCGCAACGACCGGCCGACGGCCAAUUCAUACAACAAUCCUCCAAUGUAUCCUUUCAUUCCAACAACUACGCAUUCAACUCGGACCCGGGCCGAUUAUGAGACACAAGAAGCCUACCCGACACACCCGAACUGGAAGCUCGUCUGGAACGAAGGGACGGAUGCGGUUAUGGAUGUGCCUAUCGGCGGCGUCUGUGAGGUUCUAUAUGGCUAA